UUGCAUCGUCAGUACAGCAUUUGAUUUAGUUUAAUAAACAACAUCAAUAGCAACAGAAAGUGUAAAAUAUAUAGAAUUUUCCAUCCUUCUAUCCCCACUAUUCACUAUUUUCUCACAAUCAAAAUUGAGCAAAACAUUGCCAGCCCAGUGAAAGACAUCACUCAUACGCACCGUUGCACAGCAUAAGGAUUACACAAACGGUACGAGUGUGUGUGCGUGCUAAAAGGAUUAAAGCAGUUACUGUGUCGGUCGUGAUAUAGUUGACGUUUUCGGUUAAAAGAACGUUCAGCGUUACGUGUGUGUGCGUGUACUCGAAUUUAGCGUGCGUUUCACCAUGAAAGCAUUCAUCUUGUUGUCCUGUGUAGCGCUGGCAGCUGCCCGGCCUGAGGCGGGCUAUGCUUACAAUAGGCCAGGCGGUGGUGGCGGCUCUGGUGGAUUCGGUGGCGGUUCCGGUGGAUUUGGUGGCGGAUCCGGUGGAUUCGGUGGUGGUGGCGGCGGUCUUGGUGGUGGACUAGGUGGUGGACUUGGCGGUGGACUCGGUGGUGGCGGCGGCGGUGGAUUUGGUGGCGGUUCUGGAGGUGGUGGCGGUUUCGGCGGCGGUGGUUUUGGUGGCGGCGCCGGUGGUGGCGGUGGAUUCGGAGGAGGUGGCAUCGGCGGCUUCGGUGGUGGCGGCGGCGGUGGCGGCACCACACUCGUGCAGAAACACAUUUAUGUGCACGUGCCACCACCAGAGCAAGAGGAAGUGCGUCCACGUCCCAACAUACCCAUCGGUCAGGCACAGAAACACUACAAGAUCAUCUUCAUUAAGGCACCAUCUCCACCCAGUUACCAGGCGCCAAUCAUUCCCCUGCAGCCACAGAACGAAGAGAAGACACUCGUCUAUGUGUUGGUCAAGAAGCCAGAAGAUCAACAGGACAUCGUUAUUCCGACACCAGCGCCCACACAGCCCUCCAAACCCGAAGUAUACUUCAUCAAGUACAAGACCCAAAAAGAAGGCGGCGGCGGCGGUGCUAUUGGAGGUGGUGGCAUCGGAGGCGGCGGCGGUGGUAUUGGCGGUGGAAUUGGCGGUGGAAUUGGCGGCGGUAUCGGCGGUGGUAUCGGUGGUCUCGGUGGUGGUAUUGGUGGUGGAAUCGGUGGUGGCGGCAUUGGCGGCGGUAUCGGCGGUGGUGAUGGCGGCUACUCCGGCGGCGGCGGCGGUGGUGGCGGUGGUGAUAUCUCAGCACCUUCCUCCAACUACGGACCACCUGGCAAAUCUGGACCAUAUUAAGCGAACAUUUGCGGCGAAAAUUCGAGUGCAGCUAAAAAUGU